AUGGUUGCCUUAUCCGACAUCCAGGCAUCAAAUGCCAAGCUCGCCACCAACCUGCCCGAGGGACUUGUCGCCGUCUUCGUCGGUGGAACCCGUGGGAUAGGCGAGACAUCUUUGAAGCAAUUCGCAAAGCAUACGCGCAAGCCGCGAAUCUAUCUCAUCGGCCGGUCAGAAGCGAACGCGAAGCGUGUCAUUGACAAAUGCAAGGCCUUGAAUAAUGAAGGGCAAUACAAUUUCAUCGGCGCAGAUAUCAGCCUUAUUCGCUCCGUCGAUGAGGUGUGCAAGGAUAUUGCGAGUCGGGAAAAGGCAAUCAAUCUACUUUUCCUGACACCUGGGACCUUUACUGUCCACACAGAAACUCCAGAGAACCUCCACUUCUUCAUGUCACUCAAUUACUACGCCAGAACACGAUUCAUCCUUAACCUGCUACCUCUUCUGCGGGUGGCACCCGACCUCCGCCGUGUUGUCACCGUCUUUGCAGGGACCAAAGAGGGACAGGUCGACACCAGUGAUUUCCAAGCCCGGAAGCUCUCAUUAAUGGCAAGCCGCGGCCACGUUUCCUCCAUGAUAACUUUAUCGAUCGAGACCCUAGCGAAGAAAGCUCCAGAAGUGAGCUUCGUUCACGUCUUCCCUGGCAUGGUCACAACAGAUCUCGGACAAGACAUUUCGGCUCUGCCCUUGAGACUUGUGGCACGCUUUUACAAGUUUGUUUUGCCUUUGUUUGCUAUUCCGAAUGAGGAAGCGGGGGAACGGCAUUUAUUUUUCUCUACGUCUGGAAGGUACCCACCUCGUGAAGGUGGCGCCAUAGGCCUGACGAGGGAUAAAGGGGUUGAGGCUGUGCGAGGAACGGACGGCAACAAUGGAAGCGGGGUUUACUCAAUCAGCUGGGACGGGACUGCGCUGGGAGAGAAAGCCGAGAAAGUAUUGAAGAAACUCAGGCAGGAAGGAGUCCACGACAAAGUAUGGGAGCAUACCGAGGAUGAAUUCCAGAGAAUCACCGAGGGCUGA